AUGUCCUUUAAGAAGGACGAGGAGAGCGGCGGCAUGUCGUUCCUGCAUGACAAGUCGACCGUCCUCCAGGAGGCGCGCGUGUUCAACGAGUCGCCCAUCUCGCCCCGAAAAUGCCGCGCGCUCCUGACGCGCAUCGUCUACCUCCUCUACGUCGGUGAGACGUUUACCACGCACGAGGCGACCAACCUGUUCUUUGGCGUCACCAAGCUCUUCCAGCACAAGGAUGUCGCGCUCCGUCAGAUGGUGUACCUCGUCAUCAAGGAGCUGGCGUUCAUUGCCGAGGACGUUCUCAUGGUCACGUCGUCGAUCAUGAAGGACAUGCAGCCCAACCUCGAGGUCGUCUACCGCCCGAACGCGAUCCGCGCCCUUGCCCGUAUCAUUGACGGCCAGUCGAUUCAGUCUGUUGAGCGCUUCUUCAAGUCGGCGCUUGUCGACCGCUCGCCCUCCGUCUCGUCGGCGUCGCUCGUCUCCUCGUACCACCUCUUCCCCAUCGCUACCCCGAUCAUCAAGCGCUGGGCCAACGAGGCCCAGGAGGCUGUCAACGCCAAGGCUGUCUCGUCGUCGAGCUACAUGCCUUCGGCUGCGGCCUCGUACAUCUCUGGCGGCGGCUCGAACGGCUACCAGGCGUCUGCCUCGAGCUCGUACAUUAUGCAGUACCACGCCCUUGGUCUGCUGUACCUCAUGCGCGAAAAGGACCGCAUGGCCAUCACCAAGAUGGUCCAGCAGUUUGGUGCUGGCAAGCAGGCGACUGUCGUCCGCAACCCCAUGGCCAUCUGUAUGCUCAUCCGCUUCGCCCGCAAGGUCAUGGACGAGGACCCCAACGUCCAGAGGCAGAUGCACGAGUACCUCGAGGGUCUGCUGCGUCACAAGUCGGACAUGGUCAACAUUGAGGCCGCGCGUGCCAUCUGCGACAUGCGCAGCGUCACCUCGCAGGACCUGUACCGCCCCGUCGCCGUUCUCCAGCUGUUCCUUUCGUCGCCCAAGCCUGUGCUCAAGUUUGCUGCCGUCAAGACGCUCAGCAAGCUCGCCCAGACCCACCCCGAGGCCGUCACCUCGUGCAACCUCGACAUGGAGAACCUCAUCACCGACUCGAACCGCUCGAUUGCCACGUACGCCAUUACCACGUUGCUCAAGACUGGUAACGAGGCUUCGGUGGACCGCUUGAUGAAGCAGAUUUCGUCGUUUAUGACCGACAUUACCGACGAGUUUAAGAUUAUUGUCGUCGACGCCAUCCGCUCGCUCUGCCUGAAGUUCCCCUCGAAGCAGGCUGUCAUGCUGUCGUUCCUCUCGGGCGUUCUCCGCGACGAGGGUGGUUACGACUUUAAGCAGGCCGUUGUCGAGGCCAUCUUUGACAUGAUCAAGUACAUUGGCGACUCGCGUGACGCUGCGCUCGCCCACCUGUGCGAGUUUAUCGAGGACUGCGAGUUUACCAAGCUCUCGGUGCGCAUUCUCCACCUGCUCGGCAUUGAGGGUCCCAAGACUCGCAACCCUACCAAGUACAUUCGCUACAUCUACAACCGUGUUGUGCUUGAAAACGCCGUCGUUCGCGCGGCCGCCGUCAGCUCGCUUGCCAAGUUUGGUGUGUCGGUCGAGGACCAGCACGUCAUCAAGAGCAUCGGUGUGCUCCUCCGCAGGUGUCUCGACGACGUUGACGACGAGGUCCGUGACCGUGCGGCCCUUUACAUCCGUGUCCUGGACGACAAGCAGCUUGCCGACGCCUAUGUUCGCGAGGAGGCUACCUUUUCUCUUGCCGCCCUCGAGUCUCAGCUCGUCUCGUACAUCAAGGACGACGCCGAGCACGCCCAGCCGUUUGACGUCACCUCGGUUCCCAAGAUUAGCAGGGAGCAGGCCCAGGCUGAGAUGUCAUCGAGGCCAUCUGCUCUCGAGACCAUCGCGUCGUCGUCGGCUGCCCCCGAGCCCGCUGUUGUCGCCCACGCUCACGCUAUCGAGGCCCAGUCGUCGUACGCUGCCCAGCUGGCAGAGAUCCCCGAGCUUGCCAGCUACGGCCCCGUUCUCAAGUCGACUGCCAAGCCCGUCGAGCUUACCGAGCCCGAGACCGAGUACGCCGUCUCGGCCGUCAAGCACAUCUUCAAGGAGCACGUCGUGGUCCAGUUCAACGUGUCCAACACCAUUCCGGACACUGUUCUCGAGCAGGUGUCGGUGAUCAUGACUCCCUCGGAGGACUGCGGUCUCACCGAGGACUUUAUCAUCCCCCUCCCGAGCCUCACCACCCAGAGCGGCACUGCCCCCAUCUACGUCUCGUUCACCCGCGACGACCCUGCCUCCUUCCCCACCCCUACUUUCUCGUGUACCCUCAAGUUUGUCUCCAAGGAGGUCGACCCUACGUCGGGCCAGCCCGAGGAGGAGGGCUACGACGACGAGUACCAGGUCGAGGACCUCGACAUCACCGCCGGCGACUACAUUACGCCCACAUACGUCACGUUUGCGACCGAGUGGGACAAGCUCGCGUCGGCGCCGUCCGAGACCGAGACGUUUGCGCUCUCGUCCUCCGAGUCGCUGCGCGACGCGUGCAAGUCGCUCAUCGAGGUGCUCGGCAUGGAGCCCCUGGGCGGCACAGAGUCGCCCUCGUCCCAGUCGGUGCACACCCUCAACCUCAGCGGCAUGGUCGCUGGCGGCGGCGGCAAGGUGCUCACCCGCUGCCGUAUGACGUAUUCGCCCGGGGCGGGUGUCACCCUCGAGCUGUCUGUGCGUGCCGAGCAGCAGGAGGCCACGGAGCUCGUCAUGGCCGCGAUUUAG